AUGGCGGCCAUGGCGGCCAAAGUCAUUGAGGCAUUACUACAAGUGCCGCCAUUCAAUGAGCAGGUAAUCGUCCUGAACACGCCAAAUCGCAAUGAGAUACUCAAGGAGGGACUGCCAACGCACACCAAAUAUAAAAUUUUGGGCCGCGGUGCCUUUGGGACCGUCUUUAAGGCGAUUUAUCGAGGUCAACCCGUUGCUGUGAAGAUCGUGCGAAAUGGGAGUAAAGCGAAUGCCCAAUCGAUGCGUAGUGAGAUGCAAAUUUUAGGCUGGAAGCAUCGCAAUAUAAUAACCAUUUUGAAAGUUGAAACUACAUCAAAUUUUGGUAUAGUGAUAAUGGAAAGGCUUGUGGGACAAAGUUUACAAGACGUAAUAGAAGCUACGCAGCUAAUGCUGGAGCAUAGAAUUUU